GGCCUCCCUCCUCUACCCACUCACCCCAGAUGGCCAAACUCUCCGAUCCCAGCAAUAAAAUAAUAAAAUAAAAAAAGCUAGAGAGAGAAAGAGGAGAGAGAGAGAGAGGACUGGAAAUCUAAAAAUUCUCAGAAUUCACCCGAGAAACCACCAUCAUUACCUCUGCAUCUCUCGUUCUCUCUCAAGCUUUCCUCUUUUGUUUUUGUUGUGGGAAACAAGAUAUUGGAGCUUCUCCAUCGAUUCUCUCUCUAGGAUUCUCAUCAUCGUUUCCUCCGUUAACACCGUCGUCCACGUCACAUCCAUCUCUCAUGAUGCACCAAUCAUACACGGCUUCCAUCUACCGAAGCCACCACUGAUCCGUCGUUGAAUCAUCGCUUUUUGCAUGCAUAACCACCACAACCACCAUCUACGCCACCGGCUUCAGCACCAUCACCACCGCCUCCGCCACUGAAUCUAUGUGUUUGCGCAGCUGCAGGAGGAGGAUUUGGGGUUUUGAUGUUCUGGAUGCAUCUGGCGUCCUGUAUAAAUGCUUGUUUCCAGGGAUCUAGGGUUUACGGGCCUGAUCCUGGUCUUCUUCUUCUUCGUCGUGGUUCCAGGCUUCGGCCUCGGUUUUUUCGUCCGUCGGAAAUGGAAGCUUGCGGUUGCCAGGAGGGAGGAGAUCAAGAGACUUGUCGUUUUGGCAUCCGAAGAGGCCGCUAGGGCUGAGCUCGAGGCUUCGAUUGAGUACGGCGCCGCCGUUUCCGUUGCUCGGGAGUUUCAGUGCGCCGUCUGUUAUUGCCCCACCACCACGCGUUGCUCUCGUUGCAAGGCCGUGAGAUAUUGUUAAUUAUAUCCCUUCUUUUUGGAUGCCUACUUCUUGAUUAAACUGAAGGAUGAAUAUUGGAUGGUCAGACUACAUGCAGUGAUGUAACAAUAAAUGAAACAGCAACCUGUAUCUGUUUAUUCUGACCUCUGGAGCUCCUCUUAGAAUUUUUUCGUACCACAAUAUUAAUGUG